ACCCUGAUGAAGGAGGAAAAGGCCUCACGCCUCACCCAGAUUGGGACCGAGAUGGAGACGCAAAAGGCCGCAGAAAGCUUGUGGCUUGACAAGAUGGAUGCCGUAUACCGCGACCUGUUUGAGAAGGAAAAUGCCGCAUGCCUCGCCCAGAUGGCGAACCAGUUGCAGAAGGAAAAGGCCGCAGGCCUCGCCCAGUUGGCGACCCAGACCGAGAAGGAAAAUGCCGCAAAACUCGCUCAGUUGGCGACCCAGACGGAGAAGGACAAGGCCGAACGCCUCGCCGUGAUAGAGAAGCAAAAGGCUGAAUGGCUCACCCUGAUGGAGACCAAGAUGGAGGCUCAAAAGGCCGCAGAAAGCUUGUGGCUUGACAAGAUGGAUGCCGUGUACCGCGACCUGUUUGAGAAGGAAAAUGCCGCAUGCCUCGCCCAGAUGGCGAACCAGUUGGAUAAGGAAAAGGCCGCAGGCCUCGCCCAGUUGGCGACCCAGACCGAGAAGGAAAAUGCCGCAAAACUCGCUCAGUUGGCGACCCAGACGGAGAAGGACAAGGCCGAACGCCUCGCCGUGAUAGAGAAGCAAAAGGCCGAAUGGCUCACCCUGAUGGAGACCAAGAUGGAGGCUCAAAAGGCCGCAGAAAGCUUGUGGCUUGACAAGAUGGAUGCCGUGUACCGCGACCUGUUUGAGAAGGAAAAUGCCGCAUGCCUCGCCCAGAUGGCGAACCAGUUGGAAAAGGCCGCAGGCCUCGCCCAGUUGGCGACCCAGACCGAGAAGGAAAAUGCCGCAAAACUCGCUCAGUUGGCGACCCAGACGGAGAAGGACAAGGCCUAACGCCUCGCCGUGAGAGAGAAGCAAAAGGCUGAAUGGCUCACCCUGAUGGAGACCAAGAUGGAGGCUCAAAAGGCCGCAGAAAGCUUGUGGCUUGACAAGAUGGAUGCCGUGUACCGCGACCUGUUUGAGAAGGAAAAUGCCGCAUGCCUCGCCCAGAUGGCGAACCAGUUGGAGAAGGAAAAGGCCGCACGCCUCGCCCAGUUGGCGACCCAGACGGAGAAGGAAAAUGCCGCAAAACUCGCUCAGUUGGCGACCCAGACUGAGAAGGAAAAUGCCGCAAAACUCGCCCAGUUGGCGACCCAGACCGAGAAGGAAAAUGCCGCAAAACUCGCUCAGUUGGCGACCCAGACGGAGAAGGACAAGGCCGAACGCCUCGCCGUGAUAGAGAAGCAAAAGGCCGGAUGGCUCACCCUGAUGGAGACCAAGAUGGAGGCGCAAAAGGUUGCAAAACUGGCCCAAAUAGAGAAGGUAGAUGCCGCACACCUCGACCUGAUGGAGAAGCGAGAGGCCGCACACCUCGCCCUGAUGGGAGAUUGAGGAAUCAAAGUACAAGGAUCUCAAAAACAAAUUGGAUUUCUUGUGGAAAAAGCUAUUUGAGCACGAGCUCAAGAAAAAAGCUCAAGUUCCCACAGAACGUAAAACAGAUGAUCCUGGUGAAAGCACAAGCCAGGACCCGGGCGAUGAGAUGCCGGCGGCUAAAAAGCCCAAAAAAUAGACGUCCAAAUCAGGGCCGGUACAAUGGGUUCAGUUCUGCGGAGAGGUGUGGUACCAUGUGGCAUCAUUUUUAAGUUAUCGUGCCGUGAAUUUACCAGUUCGGCCCACUUGGGAGUAGAUUUUUCUCCAUGUGGCCCCCCAUUUAAAAUGAGUUUGACACCCUUUGACACGACUUUCUUGGCCACG